GUUAACCUUCAAUGACUCCCGUACAUCCGUAAGCUGUAGGGGCGAAUGGUGUCCUGUUGUUGUUGUUGUUGUGAUUACGUAUGUUGUGUUUGACCCAUAUAUGUUCCACCUCUUUAUAUGAUAUUCGAAUUAAAACGCUUUUAAAUCCUCGUUGGUUGCGUUGUUCUUUCCGAGUGGGAGUAUUAUUGAUGUUGCAAUGGAAAAUCGUUUAACUUGACGAAAUCAAAAUGAAGGUUACUUGGUUCUUGUGAACAGCAUUUAUGUAACCUUGUGUAGUUGUCUCGGGCUUGGAAUAAUGAUGAAGAGGUUAACGCUGAAGAUGUCAGUGAAGUGUAAGAGUUUUAUAGGAAUAUAUUAUGUACAGUGUGACCGGAAAUAGCUGAAAAUUCAAUAGCUAUGUCAAACUUAAUAAAACGAGGUUCAACGAGGAGAUCAGAUGAUACUAUGGAUGAAGAUGGUGAUGACAAGGAUGAUACUAAGCGAAAGUCUCGAAACUUGAGUGAAAAGAAGCGACGAGACCAAUUCAACAUGCUCAUUAAUGAGUUGAGUUCUAUGGUAUCAACCAACAGUCGUAAAAUGGAUAAAUCUACUGUUCUAAAGUCAACAAUAUCUUUCCUUAAAAAUCACAAUGAAAUUGCUGUGAGAUCACGUGCUCAUGAAAUUCAGGAGGAUUGGAAACCAUCAUUCCUCUCCAACGAAGAAUUUACUCAUUUAAUUCUAGAAGCACUGGACGGUUUUAUAAUGGUAUUUUCUUCUUCGGGUAGAAUAUUCUAUGCUUCAGAAAGCAUCACUUCUCUUCUGGGUCAUCUUCCUGUACGUAUAAGUAGUGAUCUUAUGAAUAUGACAAUCUAUGACAUGGUGUAUGAGGAAGAUCAGUCAUCGUUAUACAAUGUAUUUUUGAAUCCCUCCAAUUGUGUUGAUGGUGCGCAGUAUGAUGAUUCCAAAGAGAAUCAAGUCUCAUUUUCAUGUCAUCUUAAGCGAGGAGGACUUGAUUUUAGAGAAGAAGUAACUUAUGAGCUUGUUCAGUUUGUUGGAUAUUUUCGUACAGAUGUAGACCCCUUAGAAGUCGACAAUCUGAUCUCUAGUAGUAGUCGUUAUAGCAAUGUGUCUGGAGAACCUGAUACGAGAUUGGUGUUCGUUGGUACUGGAAGAUUACAGACACCCCUUUUAAUAAGAGAAAUGUCUGUAGUUGAUUCAACCAAAAGCGAAUUUACAUCACGCCAUAGCCUUGAAUGGAAAUUUCUUUUUCUUGACCACAGAGCUCCACCCAUCAUUGGUUACCUGCCAUUUGAAGUUUUGGGUACCUCAGGUUAUGAUUACUACCAUGUUGAUGACUUAGAAAAAGUUGUUACUUAUGUGGAUGUGAUGAAACAGUUGAGGAAAGGUACUGAAAAUGACCGUAGUCGAGAAAGUGAAGUUUCAGUAGGAGAUACGCACAGCAAAGAAGAGCAAUCCCAACAACCUCAAUCAUCGCAACCGCAGCAGCAAGAUUCAUCGUCACAGCCACCAGCUGAGCCUGAGUCAUCUGACCAUGACCUAAAACAGGAGGAGUCCCAACAGGAAGAACAAGUAUCAUCCAAUGAGUCACAGUCAAACCAUGAAGAACAAACACAGCAAAAAGAAGAACCCGAUGAAAAUCAGCAGCAAAACCAACAUGAAGAAAAAGUGAAGCAACCUGAACAGGAGCAAAAGCAACAGCCUCAAGAACCAGAUGAGAUACAGGCACAGACUGUGAUACCGUCUCAACAACAACAACAACAGCAGCAGCAGCAACAACCACAACAGCAGCAAACUCCACAACCUUCCUCUCAGUCCACACCUCAACAAGCAUCACAGAGUGGGUUGGCCGCUAGUCCUUGGUCUUCCAAAUCAUCAGAUGUGCGUUCUCCAGCACCGUCAGCAUCUGGUGUGAAAGGAAGUAGAAGUCGUCAUGCUGUUCGUGGCCCUGGUUCUGACUCAACAUCAAUGUCAGCUGAUUCACCUAGUUCCAGGCACUCUCAAGUUACCAGUCACAGUGUGAGAUCUCGUGCAAGUGUGCAUGGCGUGCAAGUACUGGGUAAGCCUUUGCUGACAAUGGCAACCCCUCAGCAGGUGACUCCUUCCACUGCAACAUUCCUGGAGCCACAGCAGCAGUAUGUUGCGGCGAUUCCUGUUCAACCGGUGCUGGCAGCCGGAUUCCCUGGUACAGCAGCUGUGGUGACAACUCUCCCUGCACCUGAGCUUAUGCGGCAACCAAUAGUAAUGACGACUGCCCAAAGCCAGAUCCAGGAACAACUGCAACGCAAACAUGAAGAGCUUCAACAGCUGAUUGUUCAGCAACAGGAGGAACUGAGACGAGUGUCAGAACAACUUCUGAUGGCUCGAUACGGUUUAUUACCUCCAGUGCAGUUGAAUGUGACAUUACCAUAUUCAACUGGCACAGUAAGUAGUACAACAAAUCCUAUUGUACAAGAGGGAGUGGUGAGUUCUGACAUGCCUGUACCUGUGUCGUCUGAUCUCUUUGUUGGAAGUCACCCUCCUCUUGUCAGGCAGCAUCCGCAAGCAACGUCAAUAAUGGUAGAACCUCAUCAGGUGAAUCGUCAAAACCAUUCAACAGAAGAUGUUCUUCCAUUCCAGUUGUCACAACAACAGGCUCAACUUCUUUUCUCAUCAAAUUCAACGCAACAUCAUCAGUGAUGAAAAAUAUUUUGUGUGGACUGGAGUUACUUUUGACCAUCAAAUAUUGUUAACAAGGUGAAUUAUAAAGUCUUUCAAUCCAAAGCUGUUUUCAUUUGUUGAAUUUUAUCUUAAAAAUUAAGAUGAAUACUGAAAGUUGGUGAGAAUCUUCUUUUGGAGAAAAUCUUUAUGUACCUUAGAUACUUUUUUAAAAAAAUUAGAGUAUGUGUUACUGUUGACGAUGAGAGGUAUUAUUAACCCACCCGUUACCAUGACAGAUCUUGAGCCUAUUUUCUUCUCGUGAGGUUUGUAUAUAGCACCAUUGUUAGCGAAAAGUCUAAAUUGUUCCUGAUAGAAGAAAAUAAGAAAUGUUGAAAAUAAUGAUUAAGGAAAUUGUGCAAGAACACACCGUACUAAAUGCAUCUAUUUCUUUGGAGUAAAACAAAAUAGUGGACAAUAUAGAUCUGUUUUUCCUUGAGGGAAAAUAAUUCUAAAAUUUGUUUUGUAUUACAAUACAUAAUUAACUUUAUUUUAAAUAAUUUAUUUGUAUUGGAAUAUAAGUUGGAUUAGUCCUGAAAAGAAAUUAGACAUUAUAAAUGUGAUGAUAACUACACCAUUCCAAUAUUUGUUAAUCUGUGUGUUCUGUGCAGUGUGGGUAUAUGGUCCUAUAAAUACAGAUGUUUUAUGGAAACUUUGUUGAAAUUAUGAUUCACUGGACAAUGCUCAGUAUCGUAUUUGUCAUAAAAGGAUGUACGUGUUUUUGUAUUUUUUAAUGAUCGAUAAUAUGAAGUGUAAAUGCUGUUGUAUCUGCGUGUUUGAUACUUUUUAUACUUCUUUAUUUUGUUAUUGCAGCCUCUUUAUUCUGGAUUUGGCAAAGGAUACAAAGGAUGUGCUUAAACUUUCUUUUCUGUACUAUUUUCAAUUAUGUUUCACAAUAUUGUUGUUGCUUCUUGUUUUGUCUUCAUUUGUUUUAUAUCUGCCUUAGAUUUCAUAUUCUCAUUUUUCAUUUUGUUUUAAGAAAACUGUUGAUACUACCAGUUUAUAGAAUAUUUAUAAAACAAUACAUGGUCAUCAUUUGAUUAUUUAUAGCAUCCUUAUUGGCCGAGAUGUAACUUAGUUGAGUUACUUUUCUUUGCCAUGAACUCUUCAAUUGACAAAAUUUAGUUAAUUCUUUUCACAAAAAUAAUGGAAUUUGUUUGGAAUUAGAUUAAUUUUGGAAUGCAAACUUAAUACUUAAGAUAGAAGAUAGGCAGUUUUGUGUGUGUUUAAUUGUUGGAAUGUUGUGAAUAGAUAAUGUGAAUUCUUAGUAAUCGCAAAUUGUAAAUGUUAGCUCAAAGCAUAAUAAUACUUGUCUCAAUAUACAGUUUUAUUACAUUUCAAAAGCAAUUUUGCCAGAUAAUUUUUCAAAUAGUAUUACAUAAUUAUAAGUUAUAUUUUUCAUGUAAAUUGUAUUUAUGUUAUUGAAUCUACCCAUCAGAAUUUCUGUUGUGUUGUUUUCAAGUUGUUGUGAGAACAAAAGAUACUGGAGAUAAUGUGCUCUCUAGUUUACUUAUCUGUGUUAUCGGUGUGUCAGAUGGGAUAUAUCCACUGUUUUGUAGAACAGGUGAUGUGUUAUGACAUCAUAAACGAUCCUUUGUACUAACUUAUGUGUCAAGACUUGCAUCGAAUGCUAUGUUUGAAUGAUCAAUUGUAAAUAGGUUUGUACGUUUGUUGAAUAAUGAUGUGAUCAUUGGUUGUGACUGUAACAUUUUGUUAAGUUUUGCAUCAAUAUUUGGCAUGUUUCUCUUGGCUAUACUACCAUAUUAGUUUGAGAUUUAUUUUCACUCUUCUAGGUUUAUACAUAGUCACUUAAUAAGAAUAUUUGCAUUAAGAUCUCUUUAAGUUGGGUACUUGCUUUCCUAAAGAAUAGGAUGAGAUAUGAGACAAAAUUAUUCUAUAUUCUUGUAGCUUCACAUAACUAUUGUUUGAUUAGUUGAUUAUUGUGAUUCAUCCCAUUAUUCCUUAAAUUGGCUGAAUAUUUGACAGGAUUAGAAGUGUGGGCUAUUGUCUAGAAUAAUAGUAAUAAUAAUGGUAGUAGUAAUUAUAAUAAUUACAACAGCAACAGUAAUAACAACAAUAUUAAUAACAAUCUAUUUUUAUUUUAUCCUGAUGUCAUUUUAUAUUUUCAGACAUAAUACUAAAUCUACACAGUGAAACUCAGUUUAUACAUUUCUCACUUAUACGUUUUUCACGUUU